CUGCAGCGGUCAUCUUAUGUAACGCCUCGCAGUGAGUAUCAUUAAAGCAGACUGGAAACUGAUCAGACCGUCUCGCGUAACCGAUGGCACGGCGCGCUAUGUCUCUUCUUCCUCAGUGGUCCUCACGUAUCUUUUCAGUGGAGCUGGAUGGAGCACCCCUCUACUUUUCCAUUCAGGAACAGCACCGUGGGGAAGAAGUACCGCGGGUGUUCAGAGAAGUCCGCAGCCAUGGCCGGUGUUACUCUCUCCUCGUCUGCGGCGGCGACAGAAUCAGACGAGCCAAGUUUUACGGGGAGCUGAAAGAUAAAUUGUUGAGAGACUUGCCUCCGGGGUGUGAUUUGUCUCCCAUGUCCUCAUUUCUGCCAAAUGUCAAGGACUCUCUCAUCAAGGGGUACUUUUUAAAAGAUAAUUCAAAGAGUUCAGUCCCGUCUGAACGGCUUUUGCGAGAUUUAAUACAGCAUGAUCCAGUGCUUGUGUGUUCAUACCUGAGAGGUAAGGACGACCAACUGUGGACUCAGCGUCUGUGGUCUCAUGCAGACAGCCAAACCGUGGAAACGUCAGAGGAGUAUUAUGUGGUACCUUCAGAAGCGCCACAGUAUCACCCAUCUACUCUCAACAUCAUGAACUCUGAUGUUUUCUACAGUUUUGAUGAAGCAUUUGACGUUCUAAAAAAGUGUGGUGACAUCAUCCCAGAGGCGACGUCUGUACUGGAGCUGCUGCCCAGCAGAGCGGAGGCCAGAAGUAAACCAGACUUCCCCGUUAUUGUCAUAGAGGGCCUGGAUGCCACAGGUAAGACCACUCUGACUGAGUCUUUGAAGGAUACUCUGGGGGCCGCCCUCCUGCGGUCCCCUCCCCAGUGCCUCUCCCCCUGGAGGGCUUGCUUUGAUCAGGAACCACCCCUCAUCCGCAGGGCCUUCUAUGCUCUUGGGAACUACAUCACAGCAGAACAAAUAGGCCAGGAGGGCAUGAAGACACCUGUCAUCGUUGACAGAUUCUGGCACAGCACAGCAGCUUAUGCCAUUGCCACAGCUGUGAGCGGUCCAGUGUGUAACCUUCCAGCGGAGGGUUCUGAGGUUUACCGUUGGCCCACUGACCUGCUCCAGCCCAGCCUGGUGGUCUUACUCACCCUGGACCCUGAAGAGAGGAAGAGGAGGCUGAGGGACAGAGGUCAAGGAAAGACUGAAGAGGAGCAAAAGCUGGACCACAACCAUCUUUUCAGACUCAGAGUGGAGGAGGCUUACCGGAGGAUCAUCGGCCCAGCUUGCGUCACUGUGGAUGCUGGUCCUUCUGCGGACCAAGUGCUCCAGCAAGUGCAGCUUUUAAUUAGGGGCAAAUGCCACUUGUAAACAGUUCUCCAUCUCCCUUGCUGUUGGCCAAGCGUCAAAUGGAUGCACUACCUCAUUGCACCACUGGGUGCCAGUAAGGUGUUGUGAAUGCAAUAGAAGGAGGAACGGUGGCCAGAUUGGAGUGUGGGGAAGAGAUUCUAUUCAGAAUGAGUAAAGGUUGAAUAGCCAGGGGCCAGAAGUGCAUGCUACAAUCAGAAAUACAUAUUCAUGUAGACACACACACACACACACACAAAAGCAUUGUCAAGAAGAAGUGUGCAUUUAACUGCUGUUGUGACCCUGAGAAAUCAGACAGUGUAGCCUUAAGACACAGUGUAGCAGCACUUAUUGACAACCACUCGUAUGUGGACAGACACUGAGGAAAUGGAUAGAAACAUUUAUAUAAGCACCAGUCGGUUAGAUUUGAGUUCAAAUUAACAGUCCGAUAAAAUUCAUUUUAUUUGUUAAAAACAUGUUUCAAAUUAAAAGACAAUUACGCCAAA